AUGCAGCCAUUACUCACACUCGAUGAAACCACCCUCUUCUACUAUACCUGCAGGGAUAAGAAGGAUGCCGGCAACCUCUCUGGAACGAUCAAGAACUGGGCAACAAAUGUACCCACUUGGAAUCUUCCUUCUAAGGCUCGUCCAUCAUCCACUUCUGGCACUUCACAGUCCCUUGCUGCCUCAUCCAAAACAGCCAAGACUCAGAUGUCCAAUUUCACCAAGGUGUCGCAGACUGUCAAAAAGUUAGAAUCAAAAUCAGACAAGAUUAACUUCAUUGAAAUCGAAGUUGGCGGUGGGAUCUCCAGUGAUGACGACAACGAACUUGAACGAAUUGCAGCCCUUUCCAGUCCUGUAAAGGGAGGAAUACGCUUGACCAGUAAUAGUAUGGUUAAAAUUGAAGACACGGAGAUCGAGGUCAACAAUGAGAAGGACGAUGGUGCACUUGUCAAGUCCAAGAAGCCAAAGUCAACUAGUGCGACCAAUGCCAAUUUACUGCCUGGCACUUUGAAGCUCUGGUGGCAGGUGUUCAUUCCGACCUUGGAGCAUUAUAUUGGUACUACACUGGAUCUCUGGUUGAUCAGCGAUGAGAAGGCUGUCGAAGUGUUGCAAUGCAUUUGGGAUGCAGUUUUUACUAAACCAAAGAUCAUGCACAAGGUUAUUCAUGAAGAUUUCAUCUGUAAACUUGCCAAUCAGAGGCUCUGUGAAUGGCGUAAUGGCUUUGGUUCUACUGCACUCACAGUCGUCAGAGAUUUGUUCGGCUCUGAUGAAGAUUUUGAGAUGACUGGACAACGUGUGAGCUUUGCAAAGAUGAUUCUCCAUAAACAGCGAUUUGUGUGGAAGGAUGUUGAUGGUCCAGAUGAAUCGACUUUCAGAGGUCUCUUUCGUUUGCCCCUGGUCUUACGAACACUUGCCUACUAUUACAAGUCAACUGAAGGAGCGAUCAAUGUUCCUGCUCUGUACACUAUCGAGAUGGGAGGAUGUGCUAAGCCUUAUGGUGCAAUUGGGUUGGCUGCAGCUGCGCUUGAGCGAGCGUUCACUUUGUGA